CGUAACUGUACUGCAGAAAACACGCUUGACGAGCGAAUUCCAAACAGGAGUGUUGCGCGAUGAACGAUAACUUCCGAUUGUGACGAUACCAGGAAUUAGAUCUCUACGAACGUAAAUCUAUUAAGAAAAAAUAAAAAAUAAAAAAUAAAAAUUCAGAAAAAAAAACAAGUGAAAGAAAAAGAGGUAGCCAUUCCCUGUAGAAAAUACUGAAUAACCUCCAUAAAUACCGCCACACAAAAAGAUUUAAGAGAAGUUAUUUUAGACCAGGAAGCCGUCAAAUCAUCAACAUGGAGGAACACGUUGUCUUCACGAUCAUCAAAAUUAUUGUCGCCGGUCUGGAAGAUGACCUCAGCUCGGCGGCGUGAUGUGUAAUGCGCGUGAGGGCGGGAGGUCGCCUGGCUCUGGCCCUCCUGACUGCCACCACCCUCACCCUCCUGCUGGUGCAACACUGCCGUCUCUCCCAGCACUUGCAGGGUGAAGAUGACGGGCCCGAGCGCCACCUGGCAUGGAGGGAGGAGGAGCAGAGAGCACAGACACGGCAGCUCCUCCUUCAGAUAGCACAGCUCAAGGAGGAGAUAGCCAGACUACAAGCUGCUAGAGAUGCCGCACUCCUGGCCGCAACCCCGCCCGCGCCCGCAGAAGCCCCCCCGACCCCCGUCUCGCCCUCCAACCGCAGGCCCCACAACGGCAGCGGCGUGGUGACGGUGGACACCCCCUGCGGCGCCCUCAUCCAGUACCAGGUCUCGCAGUCCGAGAUAACGCAGGGCAUCCCGCUGAACAAUGAAUACGAGGUCAUCUCCUUCUCCCACUUCACCUGGUCGCGCGUGUACCCGGCCGAGCUCGGGCUGGGGAAACGGGUGGUCGAAAAGCCCAUCGGAUUCCGUCGGCGAGACAUUGUGGCUGCGCUCACCUCGGCGCUCGAACACCUCAAUGGACCCGUGCCUGCGAGGUUCACCGUCGACGACUUCGUGGAGGGGAUGUACCGCACAGUGCCAACCAGCGGGACACAGUACGAGCUUCUGUUCCACGACCGCCACGCCAACCGCUCGUCUCAUCAGUACAGAACAGUUACCUUAAUGAGGCCGUUCGCUCCCCUCACGGUCGUCGCCAGGGACCAGCAGACGACGAAACAGCUGAUCAACAUCGUCCUGCCUCUCUCCGGGCGAACCGAGACGUUCCGUGGCUUCAUGGACAAGCUCGUCACCAUUAUCCUAAGACAUGAUCGAAGAGUCUUCCUCACCGUCGUUUAUUUUGGCCACGAAGGGCUGCACGAAGUCCGGAAUAUCAUUACGAACGCGUCCAAAGAGGCCAAGUUUCGACACAUUAAGUUGCUCACCCUCAACGAAACGUUUUCUAGAGGAAAGGCACUUCAGGUGGGAGCAACACACUGGUCCAAGGGCGACGUCCUCCUCUUCAUGUGCGACGUGGACAUAGUAUUCAGCACGAGGUUCCUGGAGCGAUGCCGCCUGAACGCCUCUCCUGGCCACUCGGUGUACUAUCCUGUUGUGUUUUCCUUGUACAACCCGCAGAUGGUUUACCCACUCCAGGGGAAGCCUGUGCCUCAGGAACUGGACCAACUCGUCAUUUCAAGAGACACAGGAUUCUGGCGUGACUUCGGCUACGGGAUGACCUGCCAGUACAGGUCAGACUUCCUCAACGUCCAGGGCUUCGACGAGGAUAUCAUAGGAUGGGGAGGAGAGGAUGUACUGCUCUACCGCAAAUACGUCAAAUCAAGGCUCUCUGUGAUCCGCUCCACCGACCCGGGGAUCUUCCACCUGUGGCACCCGAAGGAGUGUUCCACGUCCCUCUCAGCUGAUCAGUACCGUGCCUGUAUCACUUCACGUGCUUUGAACGAGGCCUCCCACGCCCACCUCGGCCUCAUUGCCUUCAAGGACGACCUCGGGAAGCACCCUCUCGGCGCCGAUGCACUCACCGGCAGCCAGGCUCUUGAGGAACAGCAACUCAAGGCUGAGAUGUAGUCGUCGGGAUUUUUUUUCUUUUUUUUUUAAUUCUUGAAAGCUGUUUUAGAAAUUAUAAGAAGAAAAAAAAAUGGAUACGCUGUGCAGUGCCUGUGACUGAUGCCUCUCUUUCCAGAAUUUUCUAUGUGGAAAUAAAUCUACAGCAAAUAUAUAGAUAUAUAUGUGUGUGUGUUUAUGAAAAUAACUUUGGAAAUGUUGCUACUUUCAGCUCUAUAUUACUUCCAAAUCACAACCGAAAGUUAGCCAGUUCUAUUGCAUAUUGUAAGCAUGUGAAACAUUUUUUUUUUCUCUCAAUUAAUUGCUUUAUGGAGAUACAAUUCAUCGUUUUGAAGGAGUAAUGAAGGUUAUUUUGGUUUUAAAAUUCAUAAAAAGAAGAAA